ACUGCACAUUAGUAAUUUGGUAUUCCAUUCUCCAUCCCCACUCAAACCAUCAUGAUUACUCAUCAUCUUUUGUUCGUUUUUCUAGCCCUUUCUACCAUACCCACAUUGGCCGAUGUGAACAUUGACUGUGGAUCAACGUCGAAAAAUGUUUACGUCGAUGAAAAUUCAUUGGCUUGGGUGGGAGAUGACGGCUACAUUCAAUCCGGUGAACCUCAAACGGUGCCAUCCACCAUCGUUGGAUUGACUAACGUCAUGAGCACUUUGAGAGUCUUCACCACUGGGAAGAAGAAUUGUUACUCCAACAUCUUUGCUGGAAAAGGGUCUAAAGUCAUGGUCAGGGCGAGUUUUCUGUAUGGAAAUUAUGACAAAAAGUCCUCACCCCCAUCCUUCGAUCUGCAAUUUGACGGUAACCAUUGGGCGACGGUUGUAACUUCAAGCGACCAAGUUGUCUCCUAUGAGGCAAUUUAUGUCACAAAGGUGGAUUACAUAAGUGUAUGCGUUGCUCAGACUUCUCCUCAGCAAUUCCCCUUCAUAUCAGCAAUUGAAGUGGGGAACUUGGAUGGUAAUAUGUACGGCCUUCUCGAUGUUAAUUAUGCUUUGUUUUUGAAGUCAAGGGUCGCUUUUGGUGCCAAAGAUACCAUUAGGAAGCCGGAUGAUGUUUACAACAGAAUUUGGGAUCCGGCGGGAUCCCCUGGGCAAGGAAUCACAGUUGUCAGCAGUGAUGCCUUCUACAUCAGUGGUGCUAGUGUAGAUGAUUUCCCUCCACAAGCUGUUUUACAAAAUGCAUUUACUACUGCCGCUAGUACUACUGGUUCUAUAGACUUAACCUUCAACGAUCUUCCCCAGAAGGCAAUUUCUGUUUACGCUAACAUGUACUUUUCCGAAGUUACGCAGCUGGAUUCAACUCAGAAAAGAUCCAUUCAGGUAAACAUAGAUGGUAUUUCUGCAUUCUCAAAACCCAUUGUUCCGGUGUAUGGAGAAGCUUCCGAAUUACGGUUGAGUAACCAUACUGCCUCAGCAAACACGACGUUUUCUUUGGUGGCAGCACCUGAUUCAACGCUGCCUCCUCUUAUCAAUGCAAUGGAAGUUUUUAGCUUCAGUGACGAGUUGACUGAUGGAACUUAUAGCGAUGAUGUCAAUGGAUUGGCUUCACUACUAGUGAAUUUUGAUGUAUUGCAAGCAUGGGGUGGGGAUCCAUGCCUUCCUGCCCCAUAUUCAUGGGAUUGGAUCAAUUGUACGGCUGAUGCCACGCCUCGAGUAACAGCAUUGUAUCUUAACAGCUUCGGUCUGUCAGGUGCACUUCCUGAUUUCAGCUCCAUGACUUCUCUUGAAACCAUAGAUUUAAGCAAUAACAGCAUAACCGAAUUGAUCCCUGAUUUUCUUGGUACCUUGCCUAAACUUAAACUUCUGAACCUAGCAGACAAUAAUCUCGCUGGAACUGUACCUUCGUCAUUAACAAAUAACAAGAACUUAAAAUUAAUUUUAACCGGCAAUCCGGAUUUAUGCCUCUCCGGCGACUCUUGUCAAACAGACGGUAACUCAGAUGAGUCCCCAACAAGAUCCAGUAAAAACAAGCAGAAGAGAAAGAAUAAGAAGACGCCAGUGAUACUUGGAUCUUCAAUUCCAUCUGUUGUAGUUGUAUUGGCUGUUGGCUGGGUUCUUGCCAAGUUUUACCAUAAGAGAAGAAGACCAGCCGUAGCAGCCCAUGCUGGUGGAGCCAGGCCGGAAGGAGCCACGGUAACAUCCAGCCUACAUGAGAUGGUGAGUGACAUUGGCCAGAGUGGUAUGGAAGAGGUGAGGGUCAGUAUCCAGGAUGAAAUUACAUCCAAGAUAAGUGAACAACUGUCUCAUCAGGAAGGCCAACAGUGAUUCAUCAAGAAGGCUCUUUAUUUGCCAGGAUAUUUUUCUUUCUCAUGCAGAAAAGUGUCCAUGUAAGUUGUAAUGACUCCUAUGUUUUGCAGUCCAUUGGUGGAAGGUCUUCCACAAAUAUUAGGAGUUUCUCUUAAUUUCAUAAUUAAUGUAUUGUAAUGCA